GGCCGGCCAGUAGGGCUUCUGCACUACACUUCCCAUGGUGCUUCGGGGCGAGUCCCGUGACUGAGUGCCUGGCCCAGCUCAGAGCGGAGGGAGCGAGGUCCCCCUGUCCCUGAAUGUUCCGGCCUCAUGGAGGAGGUGGACAAGAUCCUCAUACAUUCCCUCCGCCUCUCUGGGACGGACAUCCCGGAUGAAGUCCAAAGUAUCCGUGAAUUCACCACUGAGCUGAUUAUUGAGUCUGUGGUGCGAUGCCUCCGUGUCAUCAGUCCUUCAGUGGGGGCAGGCCUCAGCCACAUCCUGCCUCCUGGCAUGUCAGCUCGCUUCCGGAUAGGCAUGAGCUUGGCACAGGCUUGCCAGGACUUAGGCUAUCAAGGAGAGGUGGGCUACCAGACCUUCUUGUACAGCAGCGAACCUGAAAUCCGACGCCUCCUCCUCUUCUUGGUGGAGAAACUCCCACGGGAUGCCUCAGAAGAUGCUGACCAGCCUGUGGGAAAGUCGGCCACACUUCACAAAGCCAUUGCUGCUGCUGUCAAGGAGCAACUGGCCAUUCCAUGGGUGCCCCCCUCCUGCCGUACCCCUCGCUUGCAACUUUUACAGGGUUCCUGCCUAUUGAAGCGAUUCCAGGCUCAACCUUUGGUCCUACAUCGGGAGUCAGACCCCUUCCUUGGAAAGGUACCCCAAGAGAGAAAAGAGUUUUUUGUCAAGUUCCUGCCCCCAGUGUCAGCCCAGCUGCCCCAACCGACAUCCUUGGUGCCCUCUCUGUUUGAACUCAACAUGGCUGAACUCAGUGCAGCCCAAGACUGGGAGAAUGAGUGGAAGAGCCAGGGCCUUGGAUCACGCAUGACUCCAGAGGAAUACCGCCAGUGGAAACAGCAGCGGUUGCAGCGCCGUCUCCUGGACCAGCUCCGGCAAGGGGCUUCUCGUGCUGCUUCAACCCACCCAGGAACAACCUCCCGUGACCUAAUCCAGCUCUUGGGUACUUUUGGCAUGGGCCGUGAGCAUGCUGGAGCUCUGGCCAAGGGGUCUCGCUUCACCCAUUCCCAGCAUUUGGCCUGUAAGCAGGAAGAAGAGCCUCCAAUUCAAGUGCAAGUGUUGCCCAUCUCCCGUUCAUCCGAACAGGAGUUACGGGAACACCAGGCAGCAGAACUGGAAGCCCUAGAGACUGAACUGGGCCACCUCGUGGGGCAGAUCACAGAGAUUGAGGGUCAGAUGUCGACACUGGGGCUGACCUUGACGCAGGUGGAAGGGGAAGUGCGGCAGCAUCAGUUAGGAGUGACAGAGCGAGAGCAGACCCUGCGUGUCAAGGGACAGACUGUGGAGCUUCUCCCUGAUGCAGAAAACAACAUGGCUAAGCUGCAGGUGGUAGUUGAGAGCAGUGCCCAACGAGUCAUCCAGCUGGCUGCCCAAUGGGAGAAGCACCGGGUGCCUCUGAUCCAGGAAUUUCGGGACCUCAAGGCUCUCCAUGAUUCCAAAGAGCUGGAAUCCUCCCGGCGCCUUUCUGAGAUCAGGGAGCUGCACGAACGGAUCCGGUCAGCUGCUGAGGAAGCUAAACGCAAGGAUGAUGUCUACAAGCAGCUGCUUGUGGAGAUGGAAUCACUUCCCAAGGAUGUUUCCCGCUCUGCCUACACCCAGCGCAUCUUGGAGAUUGUCAGUAACAUUCGGAAGCAGAAGGAGGAGAUCACAAAGAUCCUAUCUGAUACCAAGGAGCUCCAGAAGGAGAUUAACAGCCUCACCGGGAAGCUCGACAGGACCUUUGCUGUCACUGAUGAGCUGAUCUUCAAGGAUGCCAAACGCGAUGAGGCUGUGCGGAAGGCAUAUAAGUAUUUAGCAGCCUUACAUGAGAAUUGCAGCCAGCUGAUCCAGACGAUUGAGGACACAGGGACCAUCCUACGGGAAAUCCGAGACCUCGAGGAGCAGAUUGAGAGUGAAACAAGCAAGAAAACAUUGAGCAAUUAUGAGAGGAUCCUGGGCGAUUACCAGGCCGUGAAACAGGAGAACGCAAUACUGCUCAGCCGAUCCCAUGAGACGUGAAGAUCUGUGUCCCAAUGUGCAGCCACAUGGUGCUUCUGGGGGCCUGGCCUCUCUCUCUCCCUUCACCCCCACUCUGCUGUGCCUCUUAACAAGAAAGAGCAUGGGGGAAGAGUACUGUGUUCCUUCCUCUGGGCACUCUGGGCAUUGUGAGUUGCCUAAAACUGAGCCAAAGUGUGGCACAUUUUGGGGGGGGGGGGGGAGUGGAUCCCUUGUGCUAUUCUUACGAAACAGAUUGUAUAUUGGAGAAGCAGACGCCAGGGCACAAGGUGCUGCUUCCUCCACUAACAUUUCAAGCAAACUCCCAGUUUCUUUUCCUCUCCUUGGGAUUCAACAAUAAAAUCACUUUUCUUUUCUUGUU